AAAAUUUCUUCUUUGAUUAGCCACCCUCCUCCAGGAGAGAACAUGGUUUCCCUGAUGACUGGUCUGUGGCAACUAAUUAUUCCCAUGAUUGUCCUAUCACACUUCUCAGCAUCUCUUCCAUCCCGGGAGAGGACUGAGAGGCACGCUGAUGGGCUCUUCCACAGUGAACUCAGCAAGAUGAAUGGCAAUGCCUACGUGCAGCAGCUAGUCAAACACCUGGUGGGCCUCAAGGAGAGGUCCCAGAGGCACUCAGAUGGGCUGUUUACCAGCGAAUACAGCAAGAUGAGAGGAAAUGCUCAGGUUCAGAAAUUAAUUCAAAAUCUCAUGGGCCGCAAGCGCAGCUCUCCAGGCCCAGUCCACACAGAUGUGCAGGGGAGAGAGGAAGAAAGCAGCCACGAGGAACUUUGCUUUAUGUGGUUGUACCAGAGCUUUCUAAACACCAGCCGCUCAGACAGUGAUGCCAGGGAAGCUGCUGCAAUUACCAGCCAGUACGUUUGCCCCAUCUCUAAGCAGCUGGUUGCAGACAUGAAGGAAGAUACAGACAGUUUCGACUGAAGGUGAAGGGAAAGAAACAGUCAAGGAGACAGCUUUGCAUGUAUAUAGCCUUGAAAAUAAACAGGGAAGCUAUUGAAUUUGCUUAGGAAAAACUCUUGAGAUCAGCAAAUAAAAAAAAUUCUGGAAAGCAGCCAAAACCCAAUAAAACCUCUUACAUUAUCAAGAGUGAAAUAUGUCAGUGUGAACUGCUGUCAGUAGAUGGAGCCUGAAUGAAGCACAUCACUUCCACUUUGUGUUAGUAUCUGGCUGCCUGCUUCUGAAGUCAAAUAAA